CCCCGCCCUCCGGCAUCUCAUUAAGGCAGUGUGUUCCUCUCGCCCUGUCAAUAAUCUCCGCUCCCAGACUACUCCGUUCCUCCGGAUUUCGAUCCCCCUUUUUCUAUCUGUCAAUCAGCGCCGCCUUUGAACUGAAAAGCUCUCAGUCUAACUUCAACUCACUCAAAUCCGAGCGGCACGAGCACCUCCUGUAUCUUCGGCUUCCCCCCCCUUUGCUCUUUAUAUCUGACUUCUUGUUGUUGUUGGUGUUUUUUUUUUUACCCCCCUUUUUUAUUUAUUAUUUUUUUGCACAUUGAUCGGAUCCUUGGGAACGAGAGAAAAAAGAAACCCAAACUCACGCGUGCAGAAGAUCUCCCCCCCCUUCCCCUCCCCUCCUCCCUCUUUUCCCCUCCCCAGGAGAAAAAGACCCCCAAGCAGAAAAAAAGUUCACCUUGGACUCGUCUUUUUCUUGCAAUAUUUUUUUGGGGGGGAAAAACUUUUUGGGGGUGAUUUUUUUUUGGCUUUUCUUCCUCCUUCAUUUUUCUUCCAAAAUUGCUGCUGGUGGGUGAAAAAAAAAUGCCGCAGCUGAACGGCGGUGGAGGGGAUGACCUAGGCGCCAACGACGAACUGAUUUCCUUCAAAGACGAGGGCGAACAGGAGGAGAAGAGCUCCGAAAACUCCUCGGCAGAGAGGGAUUUAGCUGAUGUCAAAUCGUCUCUAGUCAAUGAAUCAGAAACGAAUCAAAACAGCUCCUCCGAUUCCGAGGCGGAAAGACGGCCUCCGCCUCGCUCCGAAAGUUUCCGAGACAAAUCCCGGGAAAGUUUGGAAGAAGCGGCCAAGAGGCAAGAUGGAGGGCUCUUUAAGGGGCCACCGUAUCCCGGCUACCCCUUCAUCAUGAUCCCCGACCUGACGAGCCCCUACCUCCCCAACGGAUCGCUCUCGCCCACCGCCCGAACCCUCCAUUUUCAGUCCGGCAGCACACAUUACUCUGCGUACAAAACGAUUGAACACCAGAUUGCAGUUCAGUAUCUCCAGAUGAAAUGGCCACUGCUUGAUGUCCAGGCAGGGAGCCUCCAGAGUAGACAAGCCCUCAAGGAUGCCCGGUCCCCAUCGCCGGCACACAUUGUCAGCCCCCUCCCUUGCUGCACUCAGGGACAUGACUGUCAGCACUUCUACCCCCCCUCAGACUUCACUGUCAGCACUCAAGUCUUCAGGGACAUGAAAAGGAGCCACUCCUUACAAAAAGUUGGGGAGCCCUGGUGUAUUGAGUCGAACAAAGUGCCAGUGGUGCAGCACCCUCACCAUGUCCACCCCCUCACGCCUCUUAUCACGUACAGCAAUGAACACUUCACGCCGGGAAACCCACCUCCACACUUACCAGCCGACGUAGACCCCAAAACAGGAAUCCCACGGCCUCCGCACCCUCCAGAUAUAUCCCCGUAUUACCCACUAUCGCCUGGCACCGUAGGACAAAUCCCCCAUCCGCUAGGAUGGUUAGUACCACAGCAAGGUCAACCAGUGUACCCAAUCACGACAGGAGGAUUCAGACACCCCUACCCCACAGCUCUGACCGUCAAUGCUUCCAUGUCCAGCUUUCUGUCUUCUAGGUUCCCUCCCCAUAUGGUCCCACCACAUCAUACGCUACACACGACGGGCAUUCCGCAUCCGGCCAUAGUCACACCAACAGUCAAACAGGAAUCGUCCCAGAGUGACGUCGGCUCACUCCAUAGCUCAAAGCAUCAGGACUCCAAAAAGGAAGAAGAAAAGAAGAAGCCCCACAUAAAGAAACCUCUUAAUGCAUUCAUGUUGUAUAUGAAGGAAAUGAGAGCAAAGGUCGUAGCUGAGUGCACGUUGAAAGAAAGCGCGGCUAUCAACCAGAUCCUUGGGCGGAGGUGGCAUGCACUGUCCAGAGAAGAGCAAGCGAAAUACUACGAGCUGGCCCGGAAGGAGCGACAGCUUCAUAUGCAACUGUACCCCGGCUGGUCUGCGCGGGAUAACUAUGGAAAGAAGAAGAAGAGGAAAAGGGACAAGCAGCCGGGAGAGACCAAUGAACACAGCGAAUGUUUCCUAAAUCCUUGCCUUUCACUUCCUCCGAUUACAGACCUGAGCGCUCCUAAGAAAUGCCGAGCGCGCUUUGGCCUUGAUCAACAGAAUAACUGGUGCGGCCCUUGCAGGAGAAAAAAAAAGUGCGUUCGCUACAUACAAGGUGAAGGCAGCUGCCUCAGCCCACCCUCUUCAGAUGGAAGCUUACUAGAUUCGCCUCCCCCCUCCCCCAACCUGCUAGGCUCCCCUCCCCGAGACGCCAAGUCACAGACUGAGCAGACCCAGCCUCUGUCGCUGUCCCUGAAGCCCGACCCCCUGGCCCACCUGUCCAUGAUGCCUCCGCCACCCGCCCUCCUGCUCGCCGAGGCCACCCACAAGGCCUCCGCCCUCUGUCCCAACGGGGCCCUGGACCUGCCCCCAGCCGCUUUGCAGCCUGCCGCCCCCUCCUCAUCAAUUGCACAGCCGUCGACUUCUUCCUUACAUUCCCACAGCUCCCUGGCCGGGACCCAGCCCCAGCCGCUGUCGCUCGUCACCAAGUCUUUAGAAUAGCUUUAGCGUCGUGAACCCCAGUUGCUUUGUUUAUGGUUUUGUUUCACUUUUCUUAAUUUGCCCCCCACCCCCACCUUGAAAGGUUUUGUUUUGUACUCUCUUAAUUUUGUGCCAUGUGGCUACAUUAGUUGAUGUUUAUCGAGUUCAUUGGUCAAUAUUUGACCCAUUCUUAUUUCAAUUUCUCCUUUUAAAUAUGUAGAUGAGAGAAGAACCUCAUGAUUCUACCAAAAUUUUUAUCAACAGCUGUUUAAAGUCUUUGUAGCGUUUAAAAAAUAUAUAUAUAUACAUAACUGUUAUGUAGUUCGGAUAGCUUAGUUUUAAAAGACUGAUUAAAAAACAAAAAGAAAAAAAAAGCAAUUUUGAAGCAGCCCUCCAGAAGGAGUUGGUUCUGUAUUAUUUGUAUUAAAUACGAGCUUGCGAACCAAUCAUUUUACAUCUGGUUUUUAAACCGUAAGGGCACCACGAAUGCAGUGCCGUUACUUUUUUUUUUUUUUUUUCUGUGUGAAACAACUUUUAUUGUGAUGUUACUUGUUAUUGUUUAAAUGUACAGAAACAAAGGGUAAAAAUGUGUUAAUAUACCUUGUUCCAUGGUGUUGUUCUUUUGGGGGGAGGGGACGCUACUCAACACUUAAUAGAAUCACAACGCUGUUGGGCCAGUAGUAUUUAUUGCUUUAGAGAUUGCUUGUCGUACCUGUAUGUCGUCCCUUUUUAAAUAUGUUUUCCUUUUUCUUGAAACUGUAUAAAGUUUUUUUCCCCCUUAGCAUAAGCAUCUUAUAUAUAACAACUCAUUUGUACAAGGUUUUUAAGUUUAUAUAUAAAAUGUGUAUAUAUAUUUUUGUUUCCCCUUUUUGACUUUUUUUUUUUCUGUAUGAAACCCAGAUGUCACCAAAUGGACAUUAAUAGUUGCAUUAAGGAUCAGUAGCAUUAACAAAAGUUGCUUUAAAAGCCAUUAUGUAAAACAAGACUUGAAAAUGAGUGAGGGAAUUUUAGCGACACUGUCUGAGCAGCAGUGGGAACCAUCUUCGUUUCCCCUUUGAACUCCCAGUGGGAUGCCCUACCCUGUGCCCUUAGGACCUGGACUGACCGUGUGCAAAACUUUACGUGCCAAAAUUCUCAGUGAAUUUAGCUUUCUCCCUCUUUUUGAUGCUGUAAUUUUUGUUCAUCAUGUUUUGCUGUGAUGUUACAUAGGUAGAUUUGUAUGUAGUUUUAAUGUCACCUAUAACAAAAUGUGUUUGGUAGCAGAUUGUCCAGAAAGCAUUUUAAAUGAAGAGGUAUAAACCCUUAAGGGCCAAAAUUCUGUAUAUUAGAUUACUCUUAAAUGAAAAACCAGCUGCCGCUUUUAUGUACACAUAUUACAUACGAGUAGGCAGCAGACUUUAAAAAUAAAAAAACCUAGGCAUGUUGAUGUUGCAAAAUGCUGUAUAAAGCUGAAACCUGUUCAUUCAGUGCCAUUGUAGUUGACAUGAAGCGAUUGUAAAACUGUCUCCGAUUUUUCUCUGGUUUAUUAAAAUGCUAACUAUAACAUUUUUUUGUGAAUACUUUGAAUGUUUCCUAACAGUUGUGAUGUUACUGUUUCGUUUUAUGCUCUUAUUCCAAGUUCAUUUUUAAUGGUUUGGAAGCCAUUUUUGUAAUGAAUAAAUGUUCAUGCUGUACAGUAUCUGUAGCAUGCCGUUCUGGAUUAAUAAAAGCAACUUAGUAUGUGCAGAUAAA